AGAGCAACAGGCUUGGCCCCAUCCCACCUCCCUCACCCCUCUCUCUCCUCCCUCAGGACUGGGCACUUUGCUGCCCCCGCUGCUGCCCACUCUGCGACUGUGCCUGUACGUGCCAGCUCCCCGACUGCCAGAGCCUCAACUGUCUCUGCUUUGAGAUCAAGCUCGGAUGAGAACCCAGGGCCCCUGCCCUCUGGGGAGCGGCCAGCCCCCAUGGCCCAGUGUGGGCCCUCCUCCCUGAAGAGCCUUUCUCCAGGCCACUGGAACCACAAAUGGCCUGCCCAGCACCCAGGCCUGGGAACUGGAAGUGGCAGUGUGGGGCCAGGCUCCCUGCAGGGCAGGACUCUUGGCCAACUGGACGGCAGCUCCUCUGGAGGGCCGGAAGAGAGAGGGGCUACUGCUCGGGCAGGUGUCCCUGGCCAAAGAUUUAUUUCUCUUGACAAUCAAGGGCCUCCGUCUGGAUUUCCAAAGAAGAAAUUUCCUCUGAAGCACCGGCAAGGUGACCCCAUGGCAAGGCGCAAGCCAGAAGGGUCCAGCUUCAACAUGACCCACCUGUCUAUGGCUAUGGCCUUUUCCUUUCCCCCAGUUGCCAGUGCGCAACUCCACCCUCAGCUGGGCAACACCCAGCACCAGACAGAGUUAGGAAAGGAACUUGCUACCACCAGCACCAUGCCCUACCAAUAUCCAGCGCUGACCCCGGAGCAGAAGAAGGAGCUGUCUGACAUCGCUCACCGCAUCGUGGCACCCGGCAAGGGCAUCCUGGCUGCAGAUGAGUCCACUGGGAGCAUUGCCAAGAGGCUGCAGUCCAUUGGCACCGAGAAC